AGAGCUGGAGUCCUGGGUAAGGGUUAGGGAGAAUUUACCAGCAUGUGCACAGGCUAGUUAUUUUUUGAGUAAGAUGAUGUGUAAGAUAAGAACUGCUGGCAUCCAUCAAGUGUGGAGCCAGUGCCUGGUUUCAGCCCUCCUGCUGGAAGGUCCGAUUUUUCCCUUGUCAUGAGAGGAGGAAAUAGGCUCAGAGAUUAGGGACUUUAGUAAUAUCUCACCGCCAGCAAGAGGAGAAGCUGGAAUUUGAGCCCUGGAGGGUUUUACCCUUAAUGCCCAUGGUCUCCAGGCCCCACUUCUUAGCGGGAAGCUCUUUUGUUAUUAACCACACAACAGCCAGUGUGGAGUCUGGCACACCAUAAGUAUCCAGUAACUGUUGAUUGGCUAUUUACUGGCUGAGCAGGUAGAACAAGAAUAGAACGGAGAGAAGAAACACUGGGGGCCAGAGCCCAGACUGGAGUCCAAGGCUUGCCCCCAUCCAUCUUGGGGGCUGUGAACCUGGCAUAUCCCUCCCUGAACCUCCAUGUCCCCAUCUAUAGAGCUAACAGUCAUGACCACCACCCCUGCCACCGGUGCUCCCACCUGUCCUGCCCUGUGCAUUACACGCAGAUCCGUCCCAUUUUACAGAUCAGUAAGUGAAGCAUAGAGAAAUUAAGGAAGUUGCCCAAAGAGGGUCCCCACAAGGCCUGACUCCCCCACUUCACUGAAGAGAGGUUGCGGGGCUCCUGGGUCUCUCCCUCAGCCUCUAGGCACUAAUGCUUUGGGAGACCUACGCUUCUGGUUGAGCUGCCAGAGACUGAGGAUCUGGUGGGGAACAGGACACACGGUUCCUGUCCCUGGAGUCUAGUGAGGGUGACGGACAACCCAGCAGUUAACGUCCCUGAUGAGCUCUGUGGUGGAUGGAAGCUCAGGUCGUAGUUGUACAGUGGCAGGGGCAUCUGGCUCCGUCCGUCCGGGUGGAGUCAGAGAGGGCGUCUCAAAGUAGGUAACUUUUAAUCUGUGUCUGAAAGAUGGGCAGGGUGUCCGGAAGGAGGAACCAUGAGACUAGAGACCCAAGCAGAGCGGUGACCCACGUGAUCAGAGACCGCGCAGGUUGGAAAUGUUCAGUCUGGCUUCUGCACGAAUCACUCCUUGCUCCUGGAGAAUGCCUUCUCAGGACCACAUCUGUGGCUUUUCCACCCUCCACUCCACACUUCACCUUUGGUGCAGCUCCAAACAGGAGGACGCCCUGAUUUUAUAAUCCAGGUGGGGGCGACAAAGGAACAGGGGAGAGCUCAUAGAAAGGAGGAAGUUGUUUACGGACACACCCACCUCCCACACAGACCCCACCCCCACCCCAUCCCCCAAAUUCCUCCGGCCUCCAGAUUGGCGGCCAAUUUGCUGUAAACAGAAACUCUGCCCUCAUGAGUAAAGGCGUCAGCACUGGGGGCUCCCGUCUUCCAGGCUGCUUAAGCCCGCUUGGUUUCUCAGGUUCAGUGCUGGCCAUGACCCCUCCUCUUCCCCCCUGGUUCUGUAUAGUUCUGUAGCCAGCUGGGCAAAGUCACACCAGCUGCAGUGGGAGAGGUACUCCUGCCCCAGCCGACGUGGGGCCACAUCCCACUGCCAGACGGCACUGCCAGAUCCUUGAAACAACUACCAGAUGGUCAUUCUGCUUCCUCAUUCCUGGACAGCAGUAUAAGAUCUGGAUUUACAGCUGGGGUCCUUCUGUGAUUUUCUAGGACUCUGACUUUGGAGCUGUGUGUGUGGGACCCACGCCCUGGGCUCGGAGCCAUUUUCUGGCCAGAGCAUUCUCCUCCCUCUCUUCUGCCCCUGGAGGGGAAGUUGCCAGUGUCCCGAGGCUCUGGGAGGCAUGUUCAGGAAUGCGGCAGCCAUCUCUUUACAGCUGACGGGGCCCCUCCAGAGAAAGAAGGCUGGAACAUCUGUCACUCGGUGCUUGCACCAGACUCUCACCAUGGCCAAGAGGGUGCAAGCUCGCAGGCUGGACGGGAUUGACCACAACCCAUGGGUGGAGUUUGUGAAAAUGGCCAGUGAAUGCGAUGCUGUGAACUUGGGCCAAGGCUUCCCCGACUUCCCACCCCCAGAUUUCGCUGUGGAAGCAUUUCAGCAUGCCCUCAGCAGCGACUUCAUGCUGAACCAGUACACCAGGGCAUUUGGUUACCCACCCCUGACAAAGAUCCUGGCAAGUUUCUUUGGGAAGCUGCUGGGACAGGAGAUAGACCCACUCAAGAACGUGCUGGUGACUGUGGGUGCCUAUGGGGCCCUGUUCACAGCCUUCCAGGCCCUGGUGGAAGAAGGAGACGAGGUCAUCAUCAUUGAGCCCUUUUUUGACUGUUAUGAACCCAUGACGUUGAUGGCGGGGGGUCAUCCUGUGUUUGUGACCUUGAAGCCGGGCCCCACUCGGGAUGGGGAACUGGAUUCCAGCAGCAACUGGCAGCUGGACCCCACAGAGCUGGCCAGCAAGUUUACCUCUCAUACCAAAGCCCUAAUUCUCAACACACCCAACAACCCUGUGGGAAAGGUGUUCUCCAAGGCGGAAUUGGAGCUGGUGGCCAGCCUGUGCCAGCAGCAUGACGUGAUCUGCAUCGCCGACGAGGUCUACCAGUGGCUGGUCUACGACGGGUACCAGCAUGUCAGCAUCGCCAGUCUUCCUGGUAUGUGGGAACGCACCCUGACCAUUGGCAGCGCUGGCAAGACCUUUAGCGCCACUGGCUGGAAGGUGGGCUGGGUCCUGGGCCCGGACAGCCUCAUGAAACACCUGCGCACGGUGCACCAGAACUCUAUCUACCACUGUCCCACGCAGGGUCAGGCGGCAGUGGCCCAGAGCUUCGAGCACGAGCAGCUUCACUUUGGCCAACCCAGCAGCUACUUUGCGCAGUUCCCGCAGGCCAUGCAGCGCACCCGUGACCACAUGAUACGCAGCCUGCAGUCUGUGGGCUUGAAGCCCGUGGUCCCCCAGGGCAGCUACUUCUUCAUGGCAGACAUCUCAGACUUCAAGAGCAAGAUGCCCGACUUGCCCGGUGACGUGGACGAGCCCUACGACAGACGCUUCAUCAAGUGGAUGAUCAAAACCAAGGGCUUGGUGGCCAUCCCCGUCUCCACCUUCUACAGCGUGCCUCAUCGGAAGAUCUUUGACCACUAUAUCCGCUUCUGUUUCGUGAAGGAUGAGUCCACACUCCAGGCCAUGGAUGAGAAGCUGCAGAAAUGGAAGAAGGAGCUCAGGCCCUGACACCACCUGCUCGGCCCUGCCCCACCUGGUUCCCGCGGGCUCUGCCAGGCUCUGCCUUUGUCCGGGUUUCAGCCAUUCCCAGGUUGGGCUUAGAUGGAGUGGGGGGGGGAGGGCCUUCUCUGGGACACAGGAUGUCCCCCGGGCAGAGCCCUCUUUCUUGAUCUUGGUAGAUUCGGGAGCACUUUACUACAGUGCCUAUAUUCCUGUCCUGGUGGUGAGGUGUACCUGAGCCAGGCCUCUCCCUGCUCCUCCCUGGGUGGGGUGAUACGGUCCUGGGCCCCCUCUGUAUUUUUCCCAGUCUUGUCUGAGGCUCAGUGGACAGAGUCCAACAGGGUACUGGCCUUGAGUCCCAGCCCUGCCCUGGCGCCAGCCCUGCACUGGCCCCAGCCAAGGCUUUAGCAUCCCUCCCUUUCCUUAUUUAACCUUCACUUUGGGAAGCGGUCUCUAGGCUUGAAUCCUCAAGCCGGUACCUUUCACCCGUAAUAAAGUUUUAAGUUAUUUAG